AAGGUGCGCGGCUUGGCCGAGCUGGCAGCCCGGGCGGCUCCAGAGGGCAGUGACUGUCGGUCGGCGCACGUGGUGUGUGUGUGUAUCUCUCUCUCUACCGCUCGCGAGCGUCAGCGGUGGUGCCGCCUCCGCCUUGGAAGCGGGCGUGUGUGCGUGACUCGGUGCGUGUGUUCCGCGUGUGCGCGGUUUUUUUUCUUUAUCUUCCGAGGUUUCCGUCGCGAGGAUGUGCGGUGGUGUCGUGGCGCCUUGAAGAAAAACAAUACAGCACUUCCGUAAAAAAUACUGUUCUCUGCUGCGCCUGAAUAUCGAUCUCACGGCGCAGAGGUAGCAGCUGCUCGCCCGGAUGGAGUCGGAGUGGUACGUGGACUCGGAGGGCGAACGCGGGGGCGGGGGCCGCCCCAACAACAACCACCUGGAGGGCGGCGACAAGCGCUGGAGCAGCGGCUCCGUGCCGGGUCUGGGGCGGCUGGAGGAGGCGGCGGUGCUGAGCGACCAGUACCCGGGGAACCAGGACGACGGCGCCGGAGCGGGUGGUCGCCUCAAGGACCGCCGCAAGUCGUGGCACAUCAAGAUGGAGCGCAAGCGGCGCAAGGGCGUGGCCGGGGACCCUCCGGCAUCGCCGCCGCGCGGGCUCGCCGACCGCCAGAAGCGGCCCUCGUGGUGGAACAUCUUCGCGCCGGAGCACUGGCCGCGCUCCAGGCGAGCGUCUCAGGAUAUUUCCCGAACCAGCGAAAAUGUCGUCCCGUGGCAAAGGAGCAAGAGUCGAAGCGUGGACCACGGAUUCAGCCCGCCCUUCGACCUGGACUCGCUCCGCAGCAAGGUGGAGGGGCGCUUCGAGAGCGUGGACAAGCUGUCACGUGACUCUGAUGGCGGUAGCAGGUCUGAACUCACGGAAAAGAAAAUGGGGAAAAUAGUUCCUCCAGAAAACACCAUCACAUACACGGUGGAGCCCUCGGACACGCUGAUGUCGGUGGCGGCGCGCUUCGACACGACGCCCUCCGAGCUGACGAAGCUGAACCGCCUGACGACGCGGCUGGUGUUCCCCGGCCAGGUGCUGCACGUGCCCGACAAGAGCGCGCGCCGCGGCAGCGAGGAGCAACAGCAACAAGAGCAGCAGCAGCAGGGCGAGCCGGAGGAUGAGGACGCUACCACGCCCGUGGCGCCCUCCGUCGAGGAGAGAGACAUUCUCGACAGCCUGAGGCCGGUCUCCCCCAAGCCGUUCCCCGGGCACAUAGAGCGAGUGCGGGUCUCUUGCUCCUCCAAGAACUCCACAGCGUCCUCCGUGGACGGCGACGACCAUGAGCGGAAGCACUUCGAAGGGUUUCUCAAGAUAAACGUGCACCACAUUACGGAUGGGCAGGGCGUGGUGGGAGGUGUUCUCCUGGUCACGACCAAUGCGGUCAUGUUCGACCCGAACGUGUCCGAUCCGCUGGUCAUCGAGCAUGGCCCAGAGUCGUACGGCGUGGUGGUGCCCAUGGAGUUUGUCGUCAAUGCUGCCAUUUAUAACGACAUUGCCCACAUGAGGGUCGGGAACUCGGUGGAACUACCAAAGCCAGAUGCCCCUAAACCAGAAAUUUACCAUGCUAAGGACAGUCUGAACGCUAUGUCAGAUUCUACAGACACAUUGCUGGACUCCACUUGCCCAACGGCAGCAAACGCCCCAAAUUCACCGGGCAAAGAUUCUCUUCUAGUCAAAGACGAAACUUUUCCAGAACUGGCUCCAGCUCGAUCUUCGCCGGAGUUCGACAACGAAACAGAAGACAACGAAAGUGUGUGUUCGUGCACUGGUAGGGACAGGAGAGAUGGUGAUGCGUUUCCCAAGGCCUUUGACCGCGAUCUUGUCACCCCCACAAACCUGGUGCAGUCGGACAGCGAGGCUUCCACUUCAGAGCAGAAAGACAGUAGACAAGUGUCUUUCGAGUCGUGUUCCUCGAACUACCAGAAAACUGACGUCGAUGGCGUUUCGAAGACCGACUCUGAAAAAAGCGAAGAUCUGGAGGAGGUGAUCAGAAUCGAUGCGGAGAGGCGCAAGUCAUGCAUCGAUCAUCACUGGUCGAUACCUAGUGUUGAUCGUUCGCUAGAUAAAGAGACGGAGAACAUUCUGACAGAGGAAUGCAAGAAAGAUGCUGCGGAUGGCUCUGGAGACGAGACGGAAAGCGGUUCUCUGGUGAAGCUGAGUUGCCACGACUCUGGGAUAGACAUACACGAAGCUGGAGUGUCUGAAAAUGUUGGGUCCCAGGCUACAACUUCGACGGGAGAUGCGGACGAACUCGACCUUAGUAGCAUCGUUCCAGUCACAAAGAAGGUCUUUUCCGACGCCGACAUAAUCAACGGUGCAGGUUUCGACUUUGUUCCUCCGCUCACGACAGCCGAACUCAGUACGAUAAUAGCUCAAGAAUCCACAGACUCUUCACUUACAAGUGACGGAUCUAGAAAGAAGACAUCUUCAGUUUCAUUCAGCCUGGAUUCCAACCAGGAGGGCGAAGGUUCUGUAGCUGAUAAAGAUAGUGGUGGAGAAGAAGGUUUAGAAAAACACGAGACACGCAGAAAUAAGAUGCUGAAGCGACUGUCCUACCCGCUGACGUGGAUGGAGGGCUUAACGGGAGGGGAUGAGAAGGACGGCUUGCCAGGACUGCCCGGGAUGGAAGGCACGCACCACUCUUCUGUUUUCUCCAAAGUGUUCUCCAGGCGCUCAUCCGUCGGGACGUUCAUCAGGCCGCACCCACAGCCCAGCGAGCCCAAGACCCAGACGUUGAAGGCGCCUGCGCCUAAACUGGACUACCGCAGCAUGGUGUCGGUCGACGACAUGCCAGAACUCUUCGUCUCUUUCGACAAACUGAUCCCACGACCGGCCUGCUCCUGCAAGGACCCCUUGAUGUACCUCUGCCUGCGGAUGGGUAAACCCAUCGACAAGAAGGUCCCGAAAUCCACCCCGGUGAUGUCAUACGGCAGGAAGAUGAUGCGACCAGAGUACUGGUUCAGCAUCCCUAAGAACAGGGUUGAUGAUUUGUAUCAUUUCUUAACGGAAUACUUCCCGCAACUGUACGGCGAGCUGGACGAGGCAGAACUGAAGAACAGAGGCUACGAGUUGGUGAAGAAUGACACGGAGCUGUGUGAAGAUCGGGUGCUGUCCAUGAAAGAGGAGCUUCGACGAGCUCUAGAUGUCUCAAGUAUUGGAGGUUUUGAAUUACCAGAGCUGGUUGGAGUCACAGAAAUUUUCACAGAAGAGCAUCGCAAGAAACUAAGCCGCCACCUACCAGCGAGGGCUGAAGGUUACGUAUGGACCCUGGUGUUUAGCACGUCGCAGCACGGCUUCAGCCUGAACUCGAUGUACAGGAAAAUGAGCAAGGUUGAGAGCCCCAUCCUUAUGGUUAUCGAAGACACCGAACACAAUGUGUUUGGGGCGCUGACGUCAUGCGCCAUGAAGGUCAGCGACCACUUCUACGGCACCGGGGAGUCGCUGCUGUUCAGAUUCACGCCGGAGUUCCAGGUGUUCCCGUGGACGGGCAAGAACAUGUACUUCAUAAAGGGCAACAACGAGUCGCUCGCCAUCGGAGCCGGAGAUGGCAAGUUCGGCUUGUGGCUCGACGGGGACCUGUACCAGGGGCGGACGCAGCCCUGCAGCACGUACGGGAACGAACCGCUUGCCCCUCAAGAGGACUUCGUCGUCAAGACCAUGGAGUGCUGGGCAUUCAUCUAAGGGCCCCCCAGACACUGACGUUCACUCUCCGCUGAUCUGGGCAACGGUUGUGUGUGGUGGAAUUCGGACUUUCAUUCUGUGAAAGCCAGGAUUGAUGUUUUUCUAGUGUUACAGGCUAGCAUGCUCAGUGUUUUCAGUGAUCACAUGCUGGUCAUCAAAAUUAUUUUUGAUAGGUUUAAAAAUUUUUUUUUGGAGAUAUAACUUACUACUGUAACACAUAUAGGCUGUGUACAGUAUUAAUCUGAUAACUAUUACAUUUUUGUUUUUAUUGCAUUGUAAUAAGGCAUGGCUUUGUAUAAAAUUGUACAUAUGUAUAGUGUUGGAAAUGAAUGUUGUUAAUGGUGAUGAGCUGCGUUAACUUUGAACUGAUGAGAAAUGUUAGGCUGUUGGCAAUGAAAGUUUUAACAGUGCGACCAACUUUGUACUGAAGAAGCAUUCUGAAGUUGUGACGACUAUUUUGGGAAUGUUUAUGUUGCUGCUUACAUAUUGCCUGAAACAUGAUGUGCAUUCACUUUGUUAGUGGCAGCAUUGCACAGCAAAUGUGUGUUGCUUUGCUCUGCCUAUGCAAGUAAUGUUAGUUUUAUGUACAUGAAGUUGUUAUGUAUUAUGUUAAGGCAAUAGUGCAAACUUAAACAUACACUGUGAAAUAUGUAUGCACUGAUGUUCCAGUGGUGGCCAAUUUUAAAAAUCAGGAUGUUAUUUAAUGUCCACUCCAGUAUAUGUGCAGUUAUGGGGAAGGUAGUUUUUUCUAUGAAGGAAUGCUGAUGGAAGGUAAGAGGAAUAGAUCUUGUCAUGUACAAUUAAUCAAUAUUUAAGUGUGUAUUUAAGUAUUUGUCACUAAAAAUUAAUAAUUUUUAUUUGUCUCUGCUUGAGUGAAAGAAGACUGUUACAUGUUUGUUUUUGUUUAAAGAAUUUGUAUUGCUCCAAUGAAGAGCAUAAUUUACAAAAAAAUGUAGUCCAUUGAUUGAUGUUUACAUGUGAAAAAUCUUUGUUUCCAAUAAGUUUUAUUGGUUGCCAUUUUAAAAAUUCAUUUUGAAUAGUCAGUAAAGUUGAUACCUUAGACUAUGUUUUGAGAAAGAGAUGUUGCAUCAAUGCCUUGUCAUUAGUAACUAGAGGUGCAGUUACAUUUGACUUCAAAUAUUCUCGUGUAGUGUCAAUUAUUGAGAGGCUGUUUCACUGUGUUGUGUGGUUUAUCUGUAAUAUUAAGAAAAGUGCUUUGAACUUUAAACCUGAAAUUGUAAAUAUCAAAACACUUGAUCAGUUUUAUAGUUACCAAAAAAAAAUAGUGAAUCUAUUUAUUUAUUCUGUGUAACUAUUUUAACACAUAUAUGAAGCAUUUAAUCUGUGUAUGUUUGUGUAAAAUGCUGAGAAAAAUUUGCAAUACUCAGAAUUAUUAAAAUUAAUAUCAACAUAUUUGUUUAAGAAACACAUUGAAGCCAAAUUAGUAUUGUUUCAGAUUAAAUACUAAAAAAAUGUACCAUGUAUCCUUCAUUGUAGAUCUGUUGUGUAGGGAUCAGAACUGUGUGAGGCGUAAAUACCUCAAAAUAUUUAUAUUAGCAAGUGCUUCACCACCACUUUGUAGUUUGAUAUGAUGUGUAAAUGUUUGCAGAGAACUGCAGUUGGGAAGCAGUUUGUUAAUAUUCUGUAUUACAUUGCCGAUUUUUCUGUAAAUAUGUGUAUUAAUAUGCCAUUCACAAAA